AUGGGUCUCCAUGAACCUCAGCUUUUUCUUACUCCUGCAGGUAGGAUCUUCAUAAAGGAAGUCAUCUCCAUGCUUCGUGCAGUGGUUGUGAAAGGACAGGUGGUUUUGUUUCCAGUGGGAUUUUCUGUGGGGAAGCUGAGUGCUUUAGCUGGUGGAUCCUUUCUGCUGUUUGGCAACAAGACUGUCAGUCAGACAGUCAAGACCAAACAGCAGCUCAAAGAGAUCAUGCCAAUUCAAAAUACGCACACGGGGCUGGAUUUGUCAGUGCCGGAAUACCAGGAAAUCCACGGGAAGAUGAUGUCUGGCCAUGUAGAGUAUCACAUUGUUGUUGUUACCCGACUGGCUGCCUUCAAAUCAGCAAAGCACAAGCCUGAAGAUGUAGUACAAUUUAUGGUUUCCAAGAAGUACAGCGAGAUAGAGGAGCUCUACCAGAAGCUGGCGGCACGAUAUCCACGGGCUUCUCUUCCGCUCUUGCCUAGAAAAGUUCUCUUCGUGGGGGAAUCUGACAUCUGUGAACGAAGAGCUAUGUUCAAUGAUAUAAUGAAAUUCAUCUCAAAAGAUGAGGAUCUAGCAACAAGUCCUGAGUUACUGGAAUUUUUAGGAACAAAAUCUACUAGUGCCAUUGACUUCAAGGGUAAAAACAUUCCGGAUGACAAGGAGAAAGAAGAUGAAGAAAAUGAGGCAUUGGAUUUUUUCAAAGAGGAGAAGACACCUGACUUAAUCUCACAGCUUUCAUCAUUGGAAAAUGCCAAAAAAGGGGAGAAAGAAGAAGAGGAAGAGGAGGAAGAAUUAGAUCCUCUUGGUAUAAUCAGAACUAAAAAAACAAAGAAGGCAUCUGCUCCUCCAACCAAGGAAGAGAAGCCCAAAUUAACGAUUUUUGAAGACGAAGUAGAUCCAGAUGAAGAACUCUUUGGCCCAGGAAAAGAUUUCUCAUCAAUUGGUCCCAGGAAGAAGACGAAAGAGAAUCUGAAAUUAUUUGAAGAUCCAGACCUUGGUGGGGUGGUAAGACCGGGUGACUCACUACUGCUGCCAGCUGCCUGUAAGGACAGGGAGUACGUGCUGAACACGGGUCCUGAGGAGGACAUUGAGACACUGCUAAGAGUUGAAGAUGAUUUAGAGAAGCUCUUGAAAGUAACCUCCAAACCAAAACCAAAGGUACCAUCAAAACCACCGUUGCCUCAGAAGCCAGCAGUUACCCCCAGGAGCUCUAAUUCAUCUCCACUGGCAAAGCCGAAGGAAAGCAGGAUUCAGACAAUGAAUGAAGUGGACAUUCUCCAGUAUAUCCAGGAAAAUGAAUCUAUCAACGACGAAGAUACAAAUCUUUUUUGAACAUACAUAUUUUUA